GGCCACGAGGUUUUGAUUUUCUAACAAAUUUCAGUUCACCGGUUUCAGAGUUGAAGUUUUUAGUGCAAAUUAAAAAUGCCCUCAAGCAACCCCCUACCGCCAAAAGAAAAUGCCUUAUUUAAAAGAAUAUUGAGGUGUUAUGAACAAAAACAGUACAAAAAUGGGCUUAAAUUUGCCAAGCAAAUUUUGUCAAAUCCAAAAUACACUGAACAUGGAGAAACAUUAGCAAUGAAAGGUCUGACAUUGAAUUGUCUGGGUAGAAAAGAAGAAGCAUAUGAACAUGUUAGAAGAGGCCUGAGGAAUGAUUUACGUUCACAUGUCUGUUGGCAUGUUUAUGGUUUGCUUCAGAGGUCUGAUAAGAAGUAUGAUGAAGCAAUUAAAUGUUAUCGAAAUGCUUUGAAAUGGGAAAAGGAUAAUAUUCAAAUUCUUAGGGAUUUAUCCCUGUUACAAAUACAGAUGAGAGAUCUUGAAGGCUACAGAGAUACAAGAUACCAAUUGUUGAUGUUACGACCCACACAAAGAGCUUCAUGGAUUGGUUAUGCUAUGUCCUUCCACCUUCUUGAGGAUUAUAAAAAUGCAUUAAAUAUUUUAGAAACAUUUUUGGACCAACAGCAGAAAGGAAAUAACUUGGACUAUGAACACAGUGAACUUUUAUUAUAUCAAAACCUCGUGAUUCAAGAAUCUGGAGACUUACAAGAAGCCUUAACACAUUUAGAAAACUCUCAAGAACAAAUUGUUGAUAAAUUAACAUUAAAAGACACUCUUGGUCAAUUAAACUUGAAACUGAAACAGUUUGAGAAAUCUGCUAAGUAUUUUGAGGAACUCAUUCAGCGAAAUCCAGAAAAUACAGAUUGCUAUAAGAAACUGAUUCAAGCAAAGCAAGUGAAAAAGCCUGAAGACAUAGUCAAGUUUUAUUUGGAGUAUGCAGAAAAGUAUCCUAAAGCAAUGCCACCAAGAAGAUUACCUUUAAAUUAUGCAACUGGUGAACAGUUUAGGAGUCUAGUGGACAAAUAUAUGAGAAGAUCAUUGUCAAAAGGUGUGCCUCCAUUAUUUGUGGACUUGCGUAGUUUAUAUUCAGACAAAAGCAAAGUGGAAAUUAUUGAAAGUCUGCUGCUACAAUAUGUGGAAGCUCUGAAAAAAGUGGGUAAAUUUAGUGAAAGUGAAGUUAACAAUGGACCUAAAGAACCAGCAAGUGCUUUGUUGUGGGUUUACUACUAUCUAGCUCAACAUUUUGAUUACCUCAAAGAGACUAAAAAGGCUCUUGCUUACAUAGAUGAUGCUAUAGAACAUACUCCAACACUAAUUGAGCUCUUUGUUGUCAAAGGCAGAAUUUAUAAGCAUGCUGGAGAUCCUCAAAAGGCCUACCGUUGGUUGGAAGAAGCCCAAGCUCUGGAUACCGCCGACCGGUACAUCAAUUCCAAAUGUGCUAAAUACAUGUUACGCGCCAACCUAGUAAAGGAAGCUGAAGACACUUGUGCGAAGUUCACACGGGAAGGUGUCUCAGCGAUGGAAAACCUCAACGAGAUGCAGUGCAUGUGGUUCCAAACGGAAUGCGCACUGGCCUAUCAACGAUUAGGAAAAUACGGAGAAGCAUUGAAAAAAUGUCACGAAGUUGACAGGCAUUUCUCGGAGAUAAUCGAGGACCAGUUCGAUUUCCACACGUACUGCAUGCGCAAAAUGACGCUGCGAUCGUACGUUGGUCUACUUAGGCUUGAGGAUGUUCUCCGUGGCCAUCCCUUCUAUUUUAAGGCGGCCAAGUGUGCGAUCGAAGUGUACCUGCAUUUAUUUGACGAACCAUUGAAGGAUGAGAACACUGAACAGGAUAUUUUGACAGAAAACUUGGCUCCCUCAGAACUGAAAAAACUUAGGAACAAACAGCGAAAAGCUAAAAAGAAGGCUGAACAAGAGAGUGCCCAACAAAGGGAGGCGCAAGUCAAGAGGGAUCAACACCACAAGUCAAGACAGCAGGGAGACGUUGAGGCUGACGCUCCACAACUGGACGAGCUGAUACCGGAUAAAUUGGCGAGGGUGGAAGACCCACUGGAGCAGGCCAUUAAGUUUUUGCAACCUCUGCAAUUACUAGCGAAAAAUAAAAUUGAAACGCAUCUUAUGGCCUUUGAAGUGUACUAUAGAAAAAAGAAAGUGUUGCUUAUGUUGCAAUCGCUGAAACGAAUUCAUGCGGUUGACUCGAAACACCCGAAACUGCACAGUUGUUUAAUCCGGUUCCACGAGUUCGUCAGUGCGAACAAAAGUACGUGGGACCUGAGCGUCCAGCAGGUGGUCGCGCAAGAGAGUGAACGCUUCUUUGCUGGCAAAGAUCCUCAAAGGCUGAACAAGGAGUUCCUCGAGGCGAAUCCGAGGAGUUUGCGGGCUGCGUUCGAGAGCGCCAAGGUGUUGUACCGGCUCGACGCAAAAAACCAGAGCCAGGCUAUUAAUUUGGUUACCAGUAUCGACAAUAAGUUCGAAGAUGUAAAUAUUGAAAUUUGUACAGAAGUCCUCCAGUCACUGCAGAACGGCGAUUUCGGUAGCUGCGACGCCCAAAUCGACGAGUACGCAUCGCGCUGUCUCAAGAAGUUCCCGUACGCCGCCGCAUUUCGUCUCAACAGCCCCACUGGCGGUGUGUCCAUCAUCCCCAAUGACGAAUCGGUGACGACAAAUCACGUUACGCAAGCCGGCACCGCCGACGACAACUGUAUCAACAGCAACUGAUGUCGGUCCGGUUGACUACUGGCUAGCCGACCAUUAAAGGACCAUCAUUACCAAUGCCAUUAUGCAUACGCCGUCACAUUAAUACCGGUGUCUUAUUUGCGAAGUGCGAACGUUGAUACAAAAGUGAGUGUUUUUUAAUAAACCGCUGCAGAAUGUCAAAAAAUGGUUUUAUUUACAUAUAUUUCAUAGUUUAGGGUGUGAAGUAGUGGAUGCUACAGUUUCUUUAGUUUUUGAAUUUAAAUCCUUUAUCCCUGUAAUCAUUAUAAAAUGACCAAAUUGUUAAAUUACUCAUUUCGUUAAAUGCAAUUUUUCAGUAAAAGUUUUUUUUUGACAUACUGUUUAAAAUUUACGUUUAUUUCGUACACGUGGUAUCUGAAACACAUACCUCAGGACUUGUAUUAAAUUUGAAAUGUAUCUCGAUCGUUUUAUCGGUUUAUUUAUUUUUCAAUUAAUAUUUCGACUUUUUGAGUCUGAAUAUUCGAAAAAUAUUUUUAGUUAUUAAAACCGUUAAAUUGUGAAUAUUUGCCAAUCAAGCCGAUUUUGCAGUCAUUCGCGAAUUGUAACUAGUGUUUUAUUUAUUCAAUUAUGAACAGUGACUCUGGUGAUAAGACUUAAAAACAGCUAUUUGUAAAUUGUUGGGUUUUUUACUUGUGUGUUAUAGUGAAAUUAAUUAUAAAAUUUAACUCGCAGACCAUAUAUUAAAACAUGAUUUUUUAUUACAUUGACGUCGUUAAUAGGCAAAUAAAUUAUUGCUAUUUUAAAAGUAGAUCCCAAAAAUUACAAUUUUUAUUUCGUUUUGAAUGUUUUAAAUAUGGUCUCAUAAAACUUUGAUUAUAAUAAGACAGUUUAUAAGUAAUAAGUUCUUGUAGUCUGUUUUGUAACUAUAACCAAAGUUUGUAGGAUUUUAAAAUAUUCAUAAUCACAGAACAUGAUAAAUGUAGAUAAUCAUAAUAGGUACUGAAUAACUUUCAGUAUUCUAUUCCAUCAUUGUAAAUUUUGGUUAAUAAAAAAUACUUAUGAA